UCUCUCUCCGUUCAGUGCUCGUGUCUCCGCGGAUGUGGACAGUGCGGGCGCGCGCGUUUCGUCCCCAGCCAUGUUUCGUUAAAACUCUUUUAUUUCUUCAUUUAUUUGUUUUUACGUUAUUAUUAAAUAAUAUCAAUCUAUCUAUUGUUUUCUUUUCUCUCUUUCUUUUCUUUUCUUAUAGCAUUUUGUUCUCUCUCUCUCUCUCUCUCUCUCUCUCUCUCUCUCUCUCUCUCUCUCUGCUUCUCCAUGUGACGGGUUUAUUUGAUAUGUUUUCUAUGUGAAUCUCUGCAUGAUGCGGAUGGUCGAACCGGCGCUGCUCUUCGGGCUGUGGGCGCUCGCGCACGGGGCUUUUCCCAGCAGCGUGCAGAUCGGCGGAUUGUUCAUCAGGAACACAGAUCAGGAGUACACUGCGUUCCGAUUGGCUGUGUUCCUCCACAACACGAGCCCCAAUGCCACCGAGGCUCCAUUUAACCUCGUCCCGCACGUGGACAACAUCGAGAGCGCAAACAGCUUCGCUGUCACCAACGCUUUCUGCUCUCAGUACUCGCGAGGUGUGUUCGCGAUAUUCGGUGUGUACGACAAGCGUUCCGUCCACACGCUCUCGUCGUUCUGCGCCUCGCUGCACAUCUCGCUCGUCUCGCCGAGCUUUCCGGCCGACGGAGACACUCAGUUCCUGAUUCAGCUCCGCCCCUCGGUCCGCGGCGCCUUACUCAGCAUCAUCGACCACUACGAAUGGACUCGAUUCGUCUUCCUGUACGACACGGACCGAGGAUACACCAUCCUUCAGGCCAUCAUGGAAAGGGCUGGUCAGAAUGGAUGGCUGGUGAGCGCAAUCUGUGUGGAGAACUUUGGUGAUGCUGCUUAUCGACGCCUCCUUGAAGACCUGGACCGUCGCAACGAGAAUAAGUUUGUCAUUGAUUUAGAGGCAGAACGACUCCAGAACUUUCUAGAGCAGGCGGUGAGUGUAGGAAAGCAUGUGAAGGGUUAUCAUUACAUCAUCGGCAACCUGGGCUUUAAGGACGUGUCUCUCGAGCGCUUCAUGCACGGAGGAGCAAAUGUUACUGGUUUCCAGUUGGUGGAUUUCAGUAAACCGAUGGUGAUCAAACUUAUGCAGCGCUGGAACAAACUCGAUCAGAGAGAAUACCCAGGCUCUGAAACCCCACCCAAGUACACUUCCUCACUGACGUACGACGCCGUCCUGGUGAUGGCCGAAGCCUUCCGGAACCUUCGGCGGCAGAAGAUUGACAUCACGCGCCGCGGAAACGCCGGAGACUGUCUGGCCAAUCCGGCAGCGCCGUGGAACCAAGGCAUAGACAUGGAGCGCACCUUGAAACAGGUACAGAUCCAGGGUCUAACAGGAAACAUUCAGUUUGAUCAGAAUGGACGCAGAGUGAAUUACACCAUGGAUGUGUUUGAAAUGAGGAGCAACGGCCCCCAAAAGAUCGGUUACUGGAACGACAUGGAUAAAUUGGUGUUGGUGCAGAACGAGCUAGCAAACGGAAACGACUCAGCUGGGGAGAACAGAACAGUCAUCGUCACCACCAUCAUGGAAGGACCGUAUGUGAUGCUGAAGAAAAACUGGGAGCUGUACGAAGGGAACGAUCGGUAUGAGGGAUACUGUGUGGAUCUGGCGUCUGAAAUUGCCAAACACAUCAGGAUUAAAUACAAAAUCUCCAUCGUUGAAGAUGGGAAGUAUGGCGCAAGGGAUCCGGAGACCAAGAUCUGGAAUGGGAUGGUGGGGGAGCUUGUGUACGGGAAAGCCGAGAUCGCGGUGGCUCCUUUAACGAUCACCCUGGUGCGGGAGGAAGUGAUCGACUUCUCCAAACCCUUCAUGAGCCUCGGAAUCUCCAUCAUGAUCAAAAAGCCGCAGAAGUCCAAGCCGGGCGUGUUCUCGUUCCUCGACCCGUUGGCCUACGAGAUCUGGAUGUGUAUCGUAUUCGCCUACAUCGGGGUGAGCGUCGUGCUGUUCCUCGUCAGCCGUUUCAGCCCUUACGAGUGGAAACGAGACAUGGACGAAGAAGAGCCGGACGCGGAUCAGCCGCCCAACGAGUUCGGCAUCUUCAACAGCUUGUGGUUCAGCCUGGGAGCCUUCAUGCAGCAGGGCUGUGACUUCACGCCCAGGUCACUGUCGGGGCGUAUAGUGGGCGGGGUUUGGUGGUUCUUCACUCUCAUCAUCAUCUCGUCGUACACGGCCAACCUGGCGGCUUUCCUCACCGUGGAGAGAAUGGUAUCUCCCAUCGAGAGCGCAGAGGAUCUUGCCAAGCAGACUGAGAUCGCCUACGGCACUCUCGAUUCCGGCUCCACCAAGGAGUUCUUCAAGCGGUCCAAGAUUGCGGUGUAUGAGAAGAUGUGGUCGUACAUGAAGUCGGCCGAGCCGUCCGUGUUCACGAAGACGACUGCGGAGGGCGUGGCCCGAGUACGCAGGUCGAAGGGGAAGUACGCGUUCCUGCUGGAGUCCACCAUGAACGAGUACACGGAGCAAAGGAAACCGUGCGACACCAUGAAGGUCGGAGGGAACCUUGACUCCAAAGGCUACGGCAUCGCCACGCCCAAGGGCUCGCAGCUAAGAACCCCAGUAAACCUCGCAGUAUUGAAACUGAGUGAAGCAGGAGUCUUAGACAAACUGAAAAACAAGUGGUGGUACGAUAAGGGCGAGUGUGGACCCAAGGACUCGGGAAGUAAGGAUAAGAGCUCUCAGGCGCUGAGCCUGAGCAACGUAGCGGGCGUGUUCUACAUCCUGGUGGGCGGGCUCGGCCUCGCCAUGCUGGUGGCGCUCGUCGAGUUCUGCUACAAGUCGCGAGCCGAGGAGAAGAAACGGGCGGAAGAGUGGAAGCAGAAACAAGCCGAAUCGGCUGAGCUGAACUUCAGUCCGGUGCCGAGCCCGAGCCCGAGUGUACAGAACUUAGCGACCUAUCGAGAAGGGUACAACGUUUACGGCUCGGACGGCAUAAAGAUUUAACGGAGUUCGCCUUCACCACAGAGACUCCUUAAGGCCCGGCUGUCAAGGGACCGCCAUUUAUGGAUUCCGGCCCUGCCCAUGCCAUGGAGUUCCCAUAGCAACCAAAAAAAUCUCACGCUGUGCCUUACUUACUGCUGACGCGUCGAGGAACACGCUUCCUGCUCAACCAGACUUCGAAAGAGCCUCUCACACGGAUCGUAAAAGAAGUACAAAAACAUAUAAAACACACACUGAAACAGUGCGUCCGCAGGAAAAGGGGCGGAGACGACGCAUCUACGGGAUUUCUUUGACGCCUUAAUAUGAUGACAUCAACACCAAAACCACACCCGCUGAGAAAAUGACCAGAAGACCAGAAAACUGUCAGACUGUAUACAGUUCCUGAUGUAUCGACAUGUUUCCUUUAUUCAGUUAUGACAUGUAGUCUCCUGAGAACGCACCCUCUGUCCCAAAAGCUAGCAUUCCUGACUAGAACGUCUGCCAUUUUAAGCUCUGUCUCAAACACUCCAACACACAGAAUUCUUGAUAGCGGUUAUAUUAUGUUCCGAGUGUUCAUCUGGUGUGAGAGUAUAUGAGUGAGUGGGUGUAUUAUCCAUAUGACCGUAUACAUCAGGUUUAAAAAUGAAAUGCAGUGCUAAGUGUGCUAAUCACGUACUCAAACCACUGACUAGCAGACUGUUAGCUAGCAGGAAAUCAGCUAGCCGCUGUUUAUCGUUUUUGACACAGUAUGUACGUACACACGUCCCUGCUUCCUCAGAACACUUUUAUCAAACACCAGUGUUUGGGAUCCACCCAGAUAACGUAGCUCAAAUAUGGUAGCAUAUUAGCAUUGCUAAUUAGCCGUUUAUUUAAAGCAGAAAAACACCACGUAGUCCCAUAGUUUAAUGUUUGGUAAUUGAUAAAUAAUGAUAUAUUUGUAAAAAAAAAAAAAAAAAGAGAGAGAGAGAGAGACAGAGAGAGAAAACGGCGGGGGGUGGGGGGUGGGGGUCAUGACAGGAAGUAGAAGAACACCACGUGCACAUAAACAUCUAUGCUUUGACCCCGAUGUAAAUAAGUGUAGACACACAGAUCCCACCUGUUUUUAGGUAAUGACUCGUCGCAAUAAUGAAUAUAGGACAACACAAAAUCUUUUAUAUGCACACUUGUAAAAAAUGAAAUGAGUGCAUAGAAUUAUAGAGACUUACAAACUAAAAGAACACCACAGUGUGUGUGUGUGUGUGUGUGUGUGUGUGUGUGUGCGUGUGUGCACGCGAGAGAGAGUCCAUGGCGUCUGUUCUGUUAACACUUGACUUCCAAUACGCUUUUUAUCGCGUCCCCUCUUUGACUGAAUCUGAAUCCACUCCGCCAUCUUAACGACCGGUCCACGUGAUCAGCCUGAGCGAAGUUUAUUAGAUGUGUUUAUUAGAGCACAACUUACCCAGAAGUCAUUGCUGCAAUCGAACGCCGCUUCCUUUUUCCAAACGGCGGAUGAAGGUAACCCUGUAGCCUAGAUUCCAGAAACGUGAAUCUUUCGUUCAUUUAUCUUCACCGUGGAUACAGAGACAAACCUAGGAACAUUCAAUCAAGUCUUAAAUAAAGUUGUGUUUAUUUGCUGGUAAUUAGCUAGCCUAAUCAGCUAACUAGCUAGUGAAUGCUAGCACUGCUAACGGCCGGUCGUACGCUAAGUCACUCUCCAGCGUUUGCACUAAAUUGGUCGUAGAUAUUUAGCAGCCAAGUUCCUGGAGUUAGAAAAGUAGAACGUUAGUUAGCAAACUAGCUAAUUAGCCGGCUGAUAUGACUCCAUAUAGAAAUACGCUGUAAUUCCGUUCGGCUACAUUGUUCUAGCUUCCGAGGUUUACGCUCUACACGCUCUUCCCCUUGUACUACAAGUGUACACUUCAAGUGGCCUAGUACAUUCAUCCUAGCGCUUCAGACUGAGGUGAAGGACCUGUAAAAGCGUAUUGGGACACUGUGUACAUGUCCCUAAGGAAAAGUUUGUUUUAUUUCUGUUUGUUUAGGGGGUUUUGUUGAUUUUUUUUUUUUUUUUUUUCAUUUUACCUUUGGUUUUCUUUCAUCGUUUGCUCAAGAGAUAUAAAUAAAGAUGAGUUUGAAUAAUUAAAGACAAUUUUUUGCUGUUGA